UGUGCACAAAGAAGGGGAAAUAGUCCAACCAGGGCAGGCUGUGACUCAGAGCAAAGAUGUCAAAGAGCUUCUUCUCCUUUGUCCGCUUGUUUGUGUUGUUGCUUGGCUUUGUAACUAUUUGCUUAGGAGCCUUUUGCAUCUCUACAAGUGCUUCCGCGUGCAAGUGCAACAGUUUGCCAGUUGCGUAUUUUCUCUUACCACUGGGAUUCUUUUUUCUCAUUGCUGGGAUCUUCUGGAGCACCUAUCAUGAAGCCAGCAAGCACCAGAGCUUGUUCCACAGCAUUAUACAUGGGAAUCCUAGACUUCAAGAAAGUCACAUCACUACCAUAGAUAGACCUGAUUUUUACCCCCCAUCGUACGAAGACAGCACUGAUCUGGGAAAGUGGACUUUCUCACUGCCAGUCUGCCCCCUGGAGCCAGAGAGGAAUGCUUAUAACAUACCUCCACCUUUGUACACGGAAAGCAGCUUUGAAUUCAUUGAGGAAACCAGUGCUCAGGAACAGCACCCGCCUUCCUAUGAAGUAUCUAUGCAGCAACAAGCCACAAGGGAUGACUCAACACUUGGAGAGGCUUCUCAUGCACCUCUGUCACAGACCAACUGCUAAGACGGGUUGUCAAAGGCCUGGAGAAGAUAAGCCAUAUCUGCUAUUUGGGGACAAAGACAAUGUUUAGGCACUGUGUGCAAAGCAUUGGUGAUGAGGUGAAGAAAGGACAGUACGGUUCCACCACUGUGCACUGGAUACAAAUGAGGGAGCAUUCAGUGGCUGGCAGUGUGGCAUUCAGAAAUA